AUGCACGAGCUGACUGCGGAGCACAAGGGCGUACAUCCAGAUGAGACUGUCGUGGAGACAGAGAUCACGGUGGAUGACAUUCUAAAGAAGAAGCGGCAGAUCGGGGUUCAAGCAAGAGAGCUGCUGAGCAAGGCACCGGGUACUUUGGCACCUGUCGCCAAACGCCUGCUCAUGCAGUUCCUCAUGCUAACUCUCUACACGGGGAUCCAAGCCCUCCCGUCCGAUCUUUCUGCGGUCGAGAUCGCGCGCCUCGGAGAAAAGAUCUCAGAGAUCACCACGGACUGCUUGGCCGAAGAACGUAUCGAGGAAUUCACAUUCUAUCCAAAACGGACGAGUGUUGCAUCGAUGAGGAAGGCAGGGGCGAAUAGAGGCAAGUUCUCCUUGCCGCCAUCGAUAAACAGGGUCGUCGCAGGGUCUCUGAAGGUUUUCCCCCGAGCUUACCUCCUUUCGAAUGAAGCAGGGACGUCGAAGAUGCCACCCGGGAACCUGCGCCGCAUCUUCUCCAGCAUGUUUCUGAACGAAGGGAGCCUCAUGAAUUCCGAGUCCGUCAAGCAGACCCUUUGCUGCAGGCGAGAAAACUUAGAAACAUGCGACCGUGCAUCUGAGGUUAUGCUCUUGAACCGGCUCCAGCUGGAGGAGAAGUCCCUAUCAAACUCGGACAUGCCCGCCAGCUCCGACGGGACGUUAUAA